CGCCAAUCCAAAAGCGGGAGAAGAGGCAAGCGAUUCUAUAGAGCUGAGGUUCUUCGAAAAAUUAGGCAAAUCACCGUCGACGAUGGGAGAACCUCCAUUUCUGUUGCUCCUAGUUUCGCUAUUCUCGCUGAUUCCGAAUUUUCUGGCUUACAGGCCUGGAGACAUCGUUCCGAUGAGUAAGAUGGGGCAGUAUCACUCGUCGAGAACAGUUUGGCACGAUAUGAUUGGUCGACAUUGUCCAAUUUUCGGCGUCAAUCGCGAGGUUUUGGUUCCAAUACCGAAGCCGGUCGGCUACACAGGAGCUGAUCCGUAUAAAAUAUCCUUUCAAGUUGGAAAAGAAAAGUUUCUUGUCCCAUGGCUUCUUGUGAUCAAUCGCAAAAGUGCACAAGUCCCAAUGAUUGAUGUCCACUUGAGGUACUCUGGAAGUGAUCUUCAUGGUGUGACUGCCAAAGUAAUGGAUAUGCCUCAUAUCUAUCUUGAUUCGCAUCCACAUAUUAGCCAACAAUUCUGGGAUCAACAGCAUUGGCCAAAGCAUAUCCUUGUCCGUUAUACAUGGGAGGAGCAAUCGGAGAUUGACGUGACUUCCGGAUUAUAUGUUUUGUUCGGAUCAGGUCUGUUGCUGACUUUUAUUCUGUCAAUUUACAUAUUGCAAUCAUCGAAGGAGAAGUUAGCAAGGUUUGUAAGAGAAACGGUAGUUGAAAGCAGCAUUCCUGGCGUAGGAGUGGCAAAAGUCGAAUAGACUCACUACAACUCACUCCGUCCUACUCCUUAGGGUUAGGCUCCAUUACGUCCAUUCAAGGAAGCUCAAUUACAAUCACUCCAUCGGAUUUCACAUUUCUUUUGAACACAAAAAUGUAACUCUUUAUUUUAUCUGUAUGGUAAGGUGUAUAUGCAACUCGGAAGACAAUUACAGAGACCCUUGUUUUCAUUUUCUAGGUCGGGAGAGAAUCUUUCUUUUGUACAUGAGACUAGACUAGUUGCGUAAUUGCCUGCUAUUGUAGGCUUCUAUACUUU